AUGACUCAAGUUGCACAAGACUUUAAAUUGUGUAAUCAGAUUGCAUUGUCACGUUUAGAAAACUCUUCUCCAAUGAAAAUUCUUCUUCUGAAAAUGGAAUUAAAAUUCCAUGAAAUAGAAAGUUCAAAGACGUUCAGUGAUAAAGAUUACAUUUUAGGGAAAAGCUUCAAGACGGAAAGUUAUGAAUUCGACAUAAAAAAAUUCAACAAUCCACUCCAUGAUUCCAUUAAAUUGAUGAUAUUUUCCGGUCUUGAUCAACAUAAUAAAAAAAAUCUUUUCCUUUGUCCCGACGAUGCAUCAAUCGCAUUAAAAGUUAUUAAUCAUUAUUCCUGUGAUAGCGUAAUUAAUAGCUACGAGAAUUUACGAGUCAUUGUCAAGUUGCAGCACAAAAUAUCACAUUGCAUGUUAGCAACAAAAGGAUUUGGGCCCUUAAAAGUCCUUUUAUCUCAUAAAUGCAGUUUGGAAACGAUGAGAAUAAAUAAAUAUGACAGGAUGUUCGAUAUUUCUCGUGCAGCGGAAGAAGUGAUGUUUAUGACUUUCAAGUUUUUAUUGAGAACACUUCAAAGAAUCAGCAGGAAAUAUUAA